AUGCGGGCCCGACUCCGUCCAGUGCUGUCCACCCGACACAACUUGUCAGAAAGAAAAGCUCAAGCCCACCUUCAAGAGUUCUUGCAGUCAAACACCAAACGUGUUAAAGGUCGAGCAUGGUGCUGCCCCAAGGAUGCCCUGAUUUGCGGUCUCGAGGGGCUCGCCGCCACCGACUGUUGCGAUGCAUCCAUCGGUGAGCACUGCUGCGGCGAUAUCUGUUGCGCCAGAAACCAAGAGUGCCAAUUCGACGGUGUAGAAUUCGGGUGCUCGACCACAGAGGAUGAGGCCGGUGAAGCCGAGUCAGCGUCGUCCACCAACGAUGGGAAGGCGAUGAUGCUCGCGACUGUUGGGAGUUACGGUUUUAGUAUGCUUGCGGUGGGCGCAUCCGUCGCUUUAUGGUCUAUGUAG